AUGUCGGAGGAAAGCUCUGUGAACGAGCGGAAGCGAGAGGAUGGAGGAGGAGGCGAUGAGUCAGCACAGAAGGAGUGCAAGCACGUUGAGAUCCUGCUGGAUAUCGACUACGUGGACGAUUACAUCGACAGCUGCAUCCCCGCAACUUUACAGCAGGGAGGAGAGGAGGGUCGAGCGAUGAGGGGGAGGGGGAGGGGGAGGGGGAGGGGGAGGCUUGACGACGUCGAGGCUGAGAUGAUAGAGAGCGAUGAGGAGGUUGAGGCAAUAUUCAUCAACCAUGAGGAUGUGCAAGCUCUGUCCCCUGAUGCCGCCACUUCGUCGGUCCCCAUCUCUCCAGGAGAGAAAGUUCGCAUGUGGACAGAGGAAAUUCUGCCCAACUUCGAGUCCGUCAUCCGGAAGAAAUGGGUGCAUGCGCUGUGGAAGCAAGGGAUCCCAUGGAAACUCCGCCAGAAUGUUUGGCCGCGAGCCAUUGGCAACAAACUCAACUUGGAUCACGACAAGUACGAGUCUCUGGCGAUGGUAGUCAACGACCGUUCGUUCUUCAUCCCCGGCAUUGAGAUCAUCAACAACGACCUCCCCAGAACCAAACUGAAGGGCAAGGAUGUCGACGAGGCUCAGCUCAGGGUUCUCCUAUGCACCGUCUCGGCGCUGCAGCCGGAGGUUGGCUACGUCCAAGGCAUGUCCUACCUCGGAGCGAUCUUCCUCCUCUUCAUGGCUCCUGCCGAGGCCUUUGUGUGCCUUGGGAACCUCCUCUCCUGCAGGUUCUUUCCCAGCUUUCUGCGGAUGGAUGCAGAGAAGAUCGAGCUGCGGUGGAAAGUCUUCGAGAUCCUCCUCGGGCAGGAGCUGCCUGACUUGGCUUACCACUUCCACACCAUUGGUUUCUCCUCAGAUCUCAUCAUCACAGAAUGGUGGCUCACAAUCUUCUCCAAGAACUUCCCUGUGGAGCUUUCAUGCCGCGUGUGGGAUUGCUUCCUGCUGGAGGGGGAGAGCUUCCUGUUCAGAGCUGCGCUAGGCCUCUGCCUGCUCCUACGAGACCGGAUGGUGGGCAGGGCAAUGGAAGACUGUCACGCGGUGCUGAUGCGGUCAGGUGAGAGUGUGGAGGCGGAGGAUUUCUUUCGAGCCGUCGGAGACGUCAAAGCCUCAAGCAAGUUCAUUCGUGAGAUGCUCGAAGCCUAG